AUGGAGGACCUAGUACCAACAUCUAAAUGUAUUGAUGCCAUAUCUUCGCGAGGACAUUAUCUUAUUAUUCUGAAUCACUAUUAUCACCUAACACCUUUCCACAUCAUUCGUCUAUUCAAACGCAAUCCGAAUGUGCAAGUGGUUUUACAGGGUCCACAUAUUGCUUGGAAUGGCUGGAAAGAUCACUAUGUGGCUGGUGAUAUGUUAGCAACAGCAAUCCUGGACUUACAGCAAGAAAUAUUUCAUGAUGUCAAAGAUAAAGUGAUGUUUAUUUCCCCUUGGGACAUGACGGUGGCCACCGAAAAUUUGGACUAUCAUCCCAGCACAAAUGAUAACAUUUUUGAUAUGAUAUGUGGUUUUAUGUGUGGGCGAUGA